UGACGCCUGUUUGUGCCGGAGCGGGUCAGCUGGUCGGUUAGUUUACUGCUUCAGUUAGCUAAGUGUUUGAGCCUUGCUGGCCCAUGGGGAAGUGUCUGAGCUUUCUGUUUACAGACACUUUCCUCCUGUUAUCUGACAGCGGAGCAGCUUAUGUUAGCUAGGUGUUUAGGAUCUGCGUUCAUUCAGGUGGCUAGUGAGGAUUUAAUCCAGCUGACAGCUUGGAGCAUCCUGCUAGGCUAGCAGCUAAACUAGCAAAAUACCCUGGAUAGAAGUUAAGGUAAAGACCAGGGUGAUCAACCAUGGCAGGUGGAAUUACAGAGACCGGGGAACCCUACUCCGCAUUUGUGGGGCUGGUGUAUAUGUUCAAUCUGAUUGUGGGAACAGGAGCUCUGACCAUGCCCAAAGCCUUCGCUACAGCCGGUUGGGUGGUCAGUCUAUCACUCAUCGCCUUUUUAGGAUUCAUGAGCUACAUGACCACCACGUUUGUGAUUGAGGCGAUGGCGGCGGCCAAUGCUCAGCUGCGCUGGAAGAGGAGAGAGCAGGAAGAGAUCGAUGACAGCGACUCCACCUCUGAGUAUUCGGAUGAUGAUGUCGUGGGCCGAGGCCGAUCGGAGCCGGAGACGAAGCCCAUCUUGUCUGUCCAGCGAUCAGGAGGUCACGUCGACCAUUUCGACAUUGUGGAGCGGGUUGAGAUGGGUCAAAUGGCCUCUAUGUUCUUCAACAAAGUUGGUGUCAAUAUGUUCUACAUCUGCAUCAUAGUCUAUCUGUACGGAGACCUGGCCAUCUACGCAGCAGCUGUGCCUAUAUCACUGAUGGAAGUUGCCUGUGGAAAUCACUCCUGCAGCGCUGGAAGUGUGAAGUACAACGAAACAGACCCGUGCUGGGGUUCUGUCACGAGGAAAGAUGCGUACCGGGUGUUUCUGAGCGUGUUCACUGUUCUGUUGGGGCCUUUCACCUUCUUCAACGCCCAGAAGACCAAAUAUCUUCAGAUUCUCACUUCCGUCAUGCGCUGGAUUGCAUUCACCAUGAUGAUCAUCUUGGCUCUCAUCCGCAUUGGUAAAGGCACCGGCGAGGGCCACCCGCCAGUCGCCUCCUUCUCUGGGGUGCCCAACCUGUUCGGGGUGUGCGUCUACUCCUUCAUGUGUCAACACUCCCUGCCCUCCCUUGUGACACCCAUCUCUGACAAGAAACGUGUCGGCACCCUGGUGUUUGCGGACUACACCCUGAUCCUGGGCUUCUACGUCCUCCUCUCAUUCACCGCCAUCUUCUGCUUUGACAGCUCACUGCUGCACGACAUGUACACCCUGAACUUCACGGACAACUGCAACGUGUUGGAUAUUCCAUUCCUGCGUUACUUCCUGGGCCUGUUCCCAGUUUUCACCAUCAGCACCAACUUCCCAAUCAUUGCCGUCACACUUCGCAACAACUGGAAGACCCUAUUCCACCGGGAUGGCGGCACCUACCCGUGGGUGGUGGACCGUGUCGUGUUUCCCCUCAUUACCCUGGUGCCCCCGAUCGUGGUGGCCUUCUGCACCCACAAUUUGGAGUCCCUGGUGGGCAUUACAGGAUCCUAUGCUGGCACAGGAAUCCAGUACAUUAUCCCAGCCUGCCUUGUUUAUUACGCUAGACGUCAUCUGGAGCCCGUGAUGGGCAGGGAUGCCGUCAACAAGCACCGGUCUCCCUUCCGCCAUGCCUUUUGGGUGUGGUUUGUUUUAUUGUGGGCCGCCUCCUGCCUCAUAUUUGUUACAGUCAACAUUAUCCUGACUGACAACAAGUUAUGAGAAGUCACUGUUCCAAGAACUGUCUUUAAAAAAAAAAAAAUGUAUAUCUGUCUGGCCAGUCUCUGUAUUCCUGUACACGAGGCCUUACUUGCUGCUGGUUGGACAGUGUGCCUUUUUAUGGGACUUUUGUUGCAUAAUAUAUGUAAUUAAGAGUAAUUUAUCAAAUUUGUUAAAAGGGACCAAGUCGAGUUUUUUUUUGUUCUGUCAAAAAAGUUGGAACAGUGCAUGACAACAAUGAAAGGGAAUUGAAAAGGGCCAUUUUGCAAACAAACACACAUAUGAACACUUUUUAAAACGAUAUCUUAAGGGUUCAGUAUGCUUCAAACAAUCUAGUUCAUACUAAGUGUAGCAUGAUCAGAUACACACCAUAAUGUUGGCUUGCUUGUCGCAUUGUUUUCAAAAGUUACAAAACUUGUUGGAUGCGACUCCUGCUUCUGUCAUUAUAAAGUUUCAGGGAUUCUGACAUUAUAAAGGUUCAGGGCAGGGUUGUCAGACACUGGUUGACAGUCCAACAAACACUUUGUUUGAAGGAGACUGAAGCCUUAAGAGAUCUGCGGGUUCUCCAUCCUGUAGUUCUUUAUUUUAGUAUGCCUCGUUCAAAUCCCAGUCUAUAAAAAAAGGUAUACGGUGUCAAGAUGGUGAGGGAUCCAAUGGACCUUCAGCGCAGAAUGUUCCAAUAAAAAUAUAUGAAAGCAAUUUAGAGAGCAGAGUAGCAACAAGAAAAAGAGCCUGUCACAUCCAGACUGGUGUUCUGUUGCUAAACUGCUUGGCAUCUACACAGCCUGAUAAUCAAAUUGGAUCAGAAACCAACAGAAGAAGAAAAAGGAGUGAAACCAGGCGUGAUCUGUCUUUCAGGGCUGAUGUGUAUGUAUUCCUCAGCCCAGGCUGCCUCCGAUCUCCUCUUCCCCUUGUGAGGGAUGGAGCUCCGUCCGUGACAGAUCCACUGACAGAUAGGCCUCCAGGAAGAGCUCCAUCUCUGUUUAUCACCUGGCACUCGCUCCUGUAGUUCACACAACGGUCAUGUCUCCCAUCUUACUGCUCAGCACCCAUUCAUAGCUCUGUCAGCCUCAUACUGUAUCCAUCACACAGCCCAACACCUGACAGGAUAAAAGUGAUCUACAAUGUUUCAGCUCCGGAUGUGGGGAAGGCAUCAGUGGCCAAAAGUGAAGUGACGUAACUGCCACUGUACUAGUAAUGCUGAUUUCUCUGACACUUGGCAGCUUCCUCUCUUGAGUUGUGCCUAUGUUGAUGGACUUCUGCCUCUUAUUUUGAUUUUAUGAUUUUUAUAAUUAAUUAUUAUUAGUGAAAUGCUUCUUUAAGGGUUGGUUCAAGUACAUAAAACCAUGAGGGACAUUUGUUUGUGUCUUAGUGGAAACCGUGUCCAUGUUUCUCUGAAUAAUCCACAGAUUGUAGACUGGUGUCAUGGGGACUGUUUCUUCUGUAGAAAGUUGUUUCCCCUGAAAACUGUUCAUUCUGGGGUCUGUGGAUUAUCCAAAGUAACAAGGGAAAUUUCUCCAGAAAGAAAUAUUGCUUUUCAGAAAUAAAAUUUUAUUCCGCUCCACUGUAAUUGGGUGGGGGUAGAAAUCUCAGAGACAGAUCUCAAAACCUGGACAAAUAAAACCCGGUAAACCACUAAAGGUUUGUUUGUUUGCAAUGUGGAUAAAAUUACCAAAUUUAAAUGUAGGGUUGUCCAUUAGUGUUGCUUCACCAAACUUCAGGAUGUUGUUGGAUUUACAUAGCUCCAGUCAACAGUUUAAUCAAAUGCUGUGUCCAAUAUCACCACCCUGAGUUUAUGCUCUGUUUAGUGCCGUCAGAAAUUAUUCAUUCCAUUCAUUCCUCUAUGGAAUGGAAAUAUGUAGAUACCAAAACACAGCGAUGGUGAAAAAUGAGUCCGAAAUCUCAUUUUACUGCUCACUGCAGAGCGAACUGCAAAAUGUGUUUAUGAUGUAGGGAACGCUGAAUAAGUGAACGGACGAUUUCAGGCACAGACGCAGCUUCAAAACUCAAUGUAUAUUAAACAGCAGGUAACCAUAGCAACAACAAUACUUCUGCUUUAUGUUGCCUUACCGGUCAACUCGUAGUGGUCUGACAGAACUAAUAUGUUGAAGUGUGAAUGGAUAUAUGCGCAAUGGCACAGUCAAGUUUCGGAUCAAGAGUCUAACUGACUCAGCGGAAGAAACGCCACUCUGCAGAGCGUUUUCGCCUCCGCCUUGCCCAUUAUUUGUUUAUAUCAUCAACAUCUUGGUUGUCGAAAUGUGAAAAAUGUUAUGCUUGUCUGCAAAGCUGCUUUAUGGUUUAGUGACACAGCAUUUCGGAGCUCAUUUGACCUGUUGACAUGACGUAUUCAGCAACAAAUCCACUUUACAAACAGCUAAUUUUUUUAUCUAAAUGUUUCUUCUGAAAGCAUCCAUAAUCAUGUGGUCACGCUCCAUCUUUACCUCAGGUCAGAUAUGGUAAAUGUUUAUCACAAUCGUCACCCAGCUUGUCCCUUAAAUGUCAAGAUUUAUGCUGUUACCACGAAUCAGAGCUUUAGGGUGCGCUUUUUAUCCUUUUACACCAAAAUUAGCACAUAUGUGCAUUAAACAUAGGUAAACUUGUUAAAAAUAGGGUCCUUUCACAUUGCCAGUAUGAGUUUGUCUUUGAAAAGUCCACCCGGGUGUCAUAUUGACAUCAAUGCAAAUACCCAUGACUACUGCAGAGUCUGUUGACCUGGAAGUGAAUGCCGACUGUACCCUGUCACACAGAAGACGAAUGCCAGAUGUUAGCAGGUGUAAGGGUUUUUUUUGUCCAGCAUAAACGGGUCUUAAUUGUGGUAAAAGGGACACACACAGUCAUCCACACAGCAACACAACACUUUUUUUUUUUUUUUUCACACCUUUGUAUUUAAAUGCCAAUACAGUUGUCGUCAAUUAAAAUGCAAAGUCUGUAUUAGGGUGUACAGUAGUUCAGUGGCUUGUGGAGCAGUUAGGGAGGUUGUGCAGCUUUUUCAUCAACUCCUGUAAUGCAGUUUAAAUUGAAAGGUAAUGUCCUGUGACUGGAGUAUUUUUAAGGUACUGCAACUCCAUGAUUUCUACUCGUGAAUUUUAGACUUACUGGAGCACUGUUGAAGGUUAUAGAGGUGCCUCUGCUUUGUGGUGUUGUCAACUUUAUUGUCACCACACGACUGUUUAUCUUGUUUAAACUGCUUCUGUCUUUCUGCACCUGUCAGUAUUUGUCAAAUUGGAGUGGAAAUGGACGGAUCAGUAACAGUCCCUGUACGGCAGAGGCACAUAAAACAUCAUCAUAAUGUCAUUUAUUUGUUUACGUUCCCACUUUUGUGCCGUUUCGUUUUCGUUCUCCCAUAUUCUGAUGUUUCAGGUCUUUUUCUCCUCUACACCUGAAGUUGAACCAUCCGAAUGCAAAGUACAGCCAUUUUAACAAUAGAUAGAUUUUCAUAAUUCAAUCUGAAGACAAAGUAGUACACAAGUGUGUGUGUGUGUGUGUGUGUGUGUGUGUGUGUGUGUGUGUGUGAGAGAGAGAGAGAGAUUGUGCGUCUGUGUGAGUGAAUGAUUAGAUAUUGAAUAUUUUAAAUGUUUUUCUGAUGACUCCUGUUUGGAGUUGUGAAACGUGCCUUUUUUAUGGGGUCAUUUUAUUGCCCUAAACAUAUCGACUGCUGGCUUCUCAUCUUGUGAAAAGCAGCUUGGCAGACAACAUCUGCAUGUAAGCAGUUUCAUUUAACUGAUAAUCCAUGUUGUUUUUUCUUUUAUUUCUGUUCUUCUUCUGUUACGUGGGAUGCCCCUGAGUUUACUGUAUUUCUGAUAAUCAUUUUAGUUUCUAAUUUUUCCUCCAUGUUUCUGGUGAUUGUUUACAAUAAUUUGCCCAGCAUGUGAUUCAAUCAUUUUAUGGAUGUUUACUGAUUUAAUUGAUGUUCGGAUUGAUUUUUAUGAUUCACAAAGAAAAUAAAGGCUCAGUUUCUUAAAUGAAAAUUUG